GUUACACUGAGCUAGAACGGUUCUCUUUGCCUUUCUUUCAUCCACCUUCUAUCAACGAGAUGACUAGUCAGAGUAGGGCAACAGCUGGUGAUAUCUAUGCUCAAUUUUUCGGGUCUAAUAGCCCAAAUCAAAACAGGAGAGGAACGGGGAUGUCCAGUAACAUAAAUGGCGAUGAUAAUGAUAUCUUUAGAUCCUUUGAACAAAGCUUCGUGGUUAGUGCUCCUGGAAAAGAUCCUGCAGUUAAGCACACCCUGCCUUGUAGUCUUGAAGAGCUUUAUCAAGGGGCUACCAAGAGGGUAAAAAUAACUAGAGAAGUAGCUGAUCGAAGUGGCUUGACCAGGAAAAUGGAGGAGAUUCUAACCAUUGACACAAAGCCUGGUUGGAAGAAAGGCACGAAGAUCACUUUCGAAGAGAAAGGGAACAAAAGACCAAAUGUAACACCUGCUGAUGUUGUCUUCAUUGUUGAUGAAAAACCCCACUCUGAGUUUACUCGUGAUGGAAAUGACUUGAUCGUCACUCGAAGGAUUUCUGUAACCGAAGCCUUUACAGGCUACACUGUCCGUAUUAUUACCUUAGAUGGCAGGAAUUUAACCCUUCCGAUCAAUGAUGUGAUCCAUCCCAACUAUCAGAAGUUCGUCCCGAAUGAAGGGAUGCCGAUCCUCGGCGACCCAACAAAGAGAGGGAUUUUGAAAAUCAAGUUUGACAUCAGGUUCCCAACAAGGGUUAAUGCAGAGCAGAAGGCAGGAAUCAGGAGACUCUUUGGUCCUUGAGAUCUCUAUGUCAGCACGUGAGACAUCUCCUAUGGGAAGGAAGCCUUUGGAAUGGUAUCCUCUUGCUGCACUUUGUGUUUGUGUUUGUGUGUGUCUGUGUGAAGUAUGGCAUCUUUCUGAGAUGUUUUAAUGCAGGGUUUGACCAUCUUCUUAAUAAUGUUCUUAAUGAAAACUGGUUUCCCUUGAUUGUUGUUGAA